AUGGGCGUCCGGAACUGGCAGGUUUCUUUUGACCAGCCGGGUGAACAUCACGCAAUAGCACCCAGCAAGGACUUGUUCAUACCUGCAAUGGGUAACAUGCUCGUCAAAAUCGCUGGAGCCAUUUCCCAUGGGCUGUUGGCAAUAAGGUGGCUGCUAGCUGGCGAUCCGGCGGGGCCGCCAUUAAUCGCUUGCUUCCUGCUUGUUGCCAACAACACCCAGCUGCUGACCUCAACGUCGCUGAUCUCGCACGUGAAGGCAAUCCUCGUCAGCAUUGCCAUGGAGAAAGGGAUCUACAUCAAGUUCGCCGAAGUCAAAAAUCUGUGGGGCGCACCGGCCGGCAAGGCAUGCCUCUUGAUCAAUGCCAUUUCCAUACUGAUCCUGUUGCCGUAUUUGCAGUCCCGACCGGAGGACCUCCUGCUGUGGCUUGGCACUUGCGCCACGUUUUUGCUGUGGGCAAACUCCAGCAUCAAGAGUGUCGGCACCAGUGUCGGCCUCAUGGACCAUGACGCCUGGCAGGAUGUGGGUGAGGUACUGGAAAAGCACUCAGAGAACGGCAAGAUCAUGACAGCGCCAGAGUUCCUCGCCCAGUUGUCCAUCUGCCGGGGCGAGGAGGCUACAGACGGCGACUCGAAGCAACCUGGGCUGUUGCCAGAGGUCCUGGAUUUGAUGCUCUUAAAGUUUACACCGUCAGAAGAGCUCUUGUUGCGACACAGACGCGAGCUCAUGGCCCACGCUUUUCCCCUUUUUCCACGGCUUCGAGUCUUUCACGCUUUAGCUGUCGUUUGUCUUCUCCUUCUGAGCUCCGCUGUGCCGUUGGGCAUGGUGGUUUUCUGCUACUCGCGCAAACCUGCCCUGCAGUAUGCCUCUGCGUCAGACGGUGAGCUUGAGCCAAAGCUGCCUCCGUCGACAGGGUCGGACUUCUACAUCCAGCCCCAUGUGUGGGCUGGCACCUUGGACCUACGCUUCGAGCAUGAGGCUAGCCUCGCAUCACGGUCGGAGUUUUGCUGUUCCCCUGAGAGCUGUUCAGAACCCUCUCGCCGACCUCGUGGGGCCUGGACUGUGCUGGAGACUCGAUUGCCGCCCGAAAACUUCGGGAAAGCCUGCACUCUCCACUUGCGUGGCUUUACGGAGCGAAAGUAUGUCUUCAUGGUUCCAGCGCUGCGGCACCUUCGCGGACUGGUUUAUGGGACAGAAUCCAAUCCUCCGCCGAGUGUGGAGUGCUCUGUCUUCGAUCGAAGCUGCACGCUGUCCACAAUCCGCAUGCCCCAGCUGCACCAGGGGCUGCAGCUAUCUCUGGAGCUGCAGCUGGAAGAAGACAUCUUCAAGUUCAGCUACGAGGCAAAGGUCUGCAGAGACGGUGCCCGCGACGAGGAUUGCGAGUCUGCUGAUGCUCAACGAGCUGGGCAUGAGGUCUGGAUCCAGCCGGAGGUCGAUGACACGACACAGCAGCUGUGGAUGCAAGUGAAGAUCACGGUGACGCCUGGGAAUCUUAAAGAGCCAGGACGGCUCCUCCAACGCGUUUACGCAGUGGACGCAAGGGUCAUCACGAACGAGCGAAAAUAUUUCGAGAUCAUGCAGACGAUCUCGCAAGCCCGAGGAGUGGUACCCUUGGAGUUGAAGCGCAACCAAGCCAGUUUGUUGCGGGAAGUCUAUCAGCAGAAGAAGGAGAAACCCUUUAUCCCGCUAACGUUCCUUGCUGUGGGCACCACCGGAGUGGGGAAGUCCCAACUUUGCAGUUGGAUGACCGACAAGUCCAGUGAGUGCAAGCCCAAAGCGUCCAUGGAGUCGGUCACCCAGAAGGCUGCUGAAGUGGAAGGGUUCGCUUUUGGAGAUCCAAAGUCGGGAUACAGGAUACAGUGGAUCGACACGCCUGGGAAAGGGGACACUGGCGGCGCCGGGAAAGAUGCCACGCUAUGGGAAGACACAAUGAAGUUCCUGCUCUACAAGAGGAUCCAUCGCAUCGUUUGGGUGUUGAAUGCUGCCUGGAUCAGGGGCACCACCAGCACCGUCGACAUGUGGACAGCCCUUCGGAGGUCAUUUGGGAUCCAUCUCUACAGGAGAAUGGUCAUCGUUUUCAACUUCAUGCCCCUGACUGGCAACACAACCGCAGACAACGAGGAUAAGCUGAACAAGACCCAGGCUCUGGCAAAUUGGAUGCUGGAGCAGGAAAACAAGACGUACCAUUGGAGAGCUGAUGCUAUGGAUUACAUCGCCAAGCUAAUCCGCGCGGUGAAAACUUAUAUGGUGGACGUCAAUCCGAAGCACAAAGAAGAUCUGCCGAGUGGCGUGCCCUUGUCUGCACCGUUCGUGGGCAAGUACCCUCCCUUCUCUGCUCCGGCUGGCAUCGGUGAGCUAAUGCAGCUACUCGCAGAUACUGCUCGACAUGGAGGCUUCCAGGUGGGCAUCUCGCAUCCCCCAAUCGGUCCUGGACAAGCUGACCGCCUCACAGUCGUUCGCAGCAAGUGUGUGUGGGAUAUUGAGGAGGACUGCCAUCUUGUGCCGGCUACGGUUGCCAACACGACCUUCGCUGGCCACUUGCUCUCGCGAGACGACGCUGCUUUCCCCUUUCAUGGCCAACGUGAGUCCGCUUGUGGAGUCAAGGACACCGAUGCACAGGGUUGGGCCAGCUGGAUGCAACGCAUCCGAAAUCCAGCCAUGGUAGCGGAGGACCGCACGUUCGCAAGAUUCACAUUCAGACUCAAGCACAACGACAACCACUUCUGCUACUGCGAGGCUCCGGACUGCGCAAAGAACGUAUCCUGGCGGUAUGAUCAAAAGCCAGCCAUCGCAGAGAAGGACUUCGCCCGCCAAAAGUGCCUUCCACAGUACGUCCAUGUGGGUGACGGGAAUUGGCACAUGUCACUCAUCGGUGGCAAGCUCCUGGGCGUGCCUGAAGACGAGAAGCAGCCGCCACGUUUGCUGCUCGUAAACCCCAAGGAUCUUGGACAAGGCGGAAUCCAACCAGCAAUGCAGGGCGUCUGUCACAAGCCCAGGGGGUGGUGGUGUCGGACAAAAGCCUACGGGUGGAGCCAACUUGUAGCCGCGCACGAUGGUCGAGUGGCCUAUGCACUUCCGAGCAGAGGCCAGCACAUCCUCGUUGUGAACUUGACCACGAGCACGCCGCUUCAGUGGACAAUCCAGACCAGAUUUUGGGGGAAGAUUUGGCCUGGGCCGUUGGAACUCGGAGGAAUCGUGGCCACAAGCACCAGACUCUACCUUAUUCCUGGCAGAGGACACGAAUUCAGGUCAUUGGACCUCCACAAAACGAAUACGAACCCAAAGCUGUGGAAGGUUUCCGGGCAUCUACCAGAGCUGCAGGUCCAGACAAUGAAGUGGAGCUUCGCCCUUAUCGUGAACGACAAGCUCUUCACAUGCCCAUUCAACGUACAGGUCAUGCUCGUGAUUGACAUUUUCGAGAGUUCGGUCGUCCAGCGGAUCGAAACUUGGAAGGUAUUCAAUGGUGGGGAGGCCUGGAAGUCUCUGCUUGCCCAUGAUGGCCAUAUCUACGCCUCUCCUUUCAAUGCCAACAAGAUGUUAGUAGUGGAUGCUCACCGCCACGGCCAGGAUUCCAUAGACGUUCGCAGAGUGGCUUCAGGACAGCGCAAAUGGAAUGGCAUGGCUCAGAAAGGCGGCGUCAUCUUCGCAGCACCGGUCGAUGCGCCUGCCAUCCUCGUGCUAGACACUGCCAGCAGGAGUGUUUGGGGUCUGCCCGUGGCGCGCCGCCGUGGUUCGGAGGGAGCCUUCAACACCAUCACGGCUGUUGGCAACCGUCUCAUCCUGUGCCCUGCAUCACGCAGAGAUCUACUCGUCCUGGACCACGUCGACCAGAUCACUGAAGCCAUCCGUGCAAGCCGUGAGUCCGCUCGGUAUACUUCAUGCAGCGCCAGAGUUGCGAGCUUCAAGUUCUGA